ACUUGUCUCUAUUAGGAGGGCACCUUCACUCACCUCGCGUGAGCCCCACUUAAUCCGCACACUUCAACCUUUUCCCUCUCUCUCCCACACUCUUCCACACAUACUCUCUAACAGCUCAGCUGUUACACAAUUAUACGCGAAUAUGUCAAGCAGUCACGACCCACCUAGCGCCGAAGUUGUCGAAGCUCCGGACGCCGAAGCUACAACUACCGCCGAAAAUACCACUACAGCCGCUGCUGCUACGAUCCUAUCUGCACCUGACUCACACACGUUGCCUGCGAUGCCAUUUCGCUUUAUGGACCUCCCGCUCGAGCUGCGCCUUUACGUCUACGAAGAGCUUGUUGUCGUCGGCAAGGUGUUCUAUACGUCGCGUGAAACACAGCUUUACAGCAGAGCCCGCAGGAAGACCUCCAAGGCAUACCGUAAGCCACACUUGGCAAUUUUACGUGCAUCGAAGGCUAUUCACAGAGAGGCCGAGGACGCCUACUUGUCUAAGAACCAGUUCAUGCUUCCAUUUCAAUUUAAGCGUCGACAGCCAUUUUGCUCGUAUGAAACAGGUGGUUCUCGCAAACUCUUCUCCAUGCGAGCGUUCAUGGUGAUGAAGCAUAUCAGUAUUGAGCUCUGCAGCCAUGACAGUUUCCUCGACGCUGAAUAUACAUCUCAAUUGUGGCAGGAACAAGAGAGCAGCGAUCCGAGAUGUUUCGCUCGACUCAACGCUACACAGCGCCUUCUAAGAGCCCACGACGACACCCUAGCCAGGCUUCAGGGCAGUAACGGUUACAUGUCUUACGUGUUGAGCAACAUGAAAUCACUGUCGACUAUGGAACUGGAUUUUGCUAAUGCCUAUUGUCCGACAGGAUGCUGUCGAUUGGGUGCAAGGACUCUCCAAGACGGAAUUUGGUUUGAAUUGUUUUCUCAACUCAGAAGUAUACGGUUCCUUGGUCUACAGUACGAAAAUGAGCAAGGUGACCUUAUGGCCAGUUGGGUCAAGGAAUCACAAUUUAGUCGCAAAUCGGCACCUCUCCCUUUGGACUCUCCAUCUCUCGAUGAUCUUCACGAGCGACAUGAGAUCACUUUCACCAACGAAGGAGAUCCAUGGGAGCAGUGGAAGAUCGACAGCGAAACUGUCUAGCCGUCACAUCCCAAUCUGGCGCCUAAUCUUACCUC